AUGAGUGGAUUCGAAACCAACCACGAGGAGGAGCAGUCGAUGGAGCUCGAGGCCCUGGAAGCGAUCUACGCGGACCUGUUCAGCAUCGUCAGCGAGAAGCCGCUGGAGUGGAAAGUUCACCUUGAGCCCACGGAGGGAGGGGAGGGGGAAGUCAACCACGUUGGAAUCGACUUCACGUGCCGAAUCCCCGAACGAUACCCCGAUGAGGCCCCCGGAGUGGAAGUCGAGGCAACGAAGGGCCUAACGCCCAAGCAGAUUGAGGAACUCCAAGCCGUGGCCCAGACACAGGCAGAGGAAAACGUCGGCAUGGCGAUGGGCUACACGAUCGCCGAGAGCUUGAAGGAGUGGCUCGCCGACAACAACGUCCCCUCAGCAGUGGACGGGUCGAUGCACGGGGAGAUGCUUCGGAGGAUGGCGGAGGGAGACAGGGAUAGACGAAAGGUGGAGCAAGUCAAGGAGGCCGAGGCAAAGGCACGCGCGGAGGACGAGGAAGACGAUGAGACCAUCCGGAGGAGAAGACAGAUUGACGGCACGCCGGUCACAAUCGAAUCGUUCAAGGCGUGGCAGACGGCGUUCGAGCUGGAGAUGCGGGGGGGCAAGGCCAUCGCGGAAGAACAGGUGGCCAAGAAGCCCUCCGGGAAGGAGAUGUUCUUGAGACACCUCGUCGCUGAGGAGGCCGAGGUGGCUGAGGGGGAGGAGGAAGAAGACGAUGUUAUGGUCGGAGACGAGGGGGCGUUCUUAGACGAGGAAGACCUGGACGACUUGAGCGACGACGAAGAUGACGACGACAGGGCAUAACGAGGAAUUGGGGGAAGGGAGAGAGAGAGAGAGAGAGAGAGAGAGAGAGAGUGGUGCAGAAAAUACAAGUACCUCGUAUUCUCGACUCCAGCAGCGUUGUCGAGCCGCUGUUGUUCCCAUUUGCGUUGAUUAGUUUGACGAAACACGUACCACUACUGUCUGCGCAAGCACGAAGAGGGGCGUGGUGGUAGAGGUUCGAAGUCGAUGCGUUUUCUUGUUCUUGUGUUUUACUGCUGUAGGCAGUACAAACCCAACACGUACGUACUUGUGCGACUGUAACAGAUGCAUCCAUGUGGGGUACCGUUCAUACCAUCGGCUGAACAGCGCGUUUAUGUAGUCGGAUUUGGAGUUGAACAAACGGGACGCAACAGCUGGUCGUGCUAUGUAGAAGAUAUUCAGCGGUGACAGCAGGGCUGUGUACCCUGCUUUUGGACCCCCUCCGGCUGGUUUGGCAGAACAUGUGAGGAAGUUCAUCACCGACUAUUGCACACCAUGGUUUGUACCAUGCGAACGCAAGCUGAGCUCCCGUUCUUAGUUAAUGGCCAAUCCAAGUGGUUCCGUCUUUUGCAUGCCAUGGUUUUUACAAUGGGCACAGAAAAUCUAGUGAAAUGGGAAAAAAAGACUACCAGUUCCAGAAAUAACAACCACAGGCAUUCGAAAUCGAAAUGGCCAAUUCGAGUUGUUUUCAGGUUCCAUCUUUUUAGCUUGAAAUUCUUUUCUCACCAGAUUUGCUCUGGGUUAGCUACAAACAGUUGAAGUGGGUGGCGCAAGCGUUCUGGAACUAUUCUUGCUCGUGCGGAGCUUGUUCUUUUCUUUUCUUUCUUUUUUUCUUCUUUUCUUUCAUCGCGUGGAUGCACAGUAGACCAAGCAAGGCUAGGACGCAUGGAAUUGAAAGGAAGGGUGAUUGAUGUCGAUUGUUGUUACCAGGUUCGUUCGCUAUGUCUAUUAUAGUCUAACUAUGUGGUGGGCGGCGCAAGCGGACCUAAAUUUGCUCGUCGUGCGGAGCUUUUUCAAUUCUUCUCUUUUCUU